UUUAAAAUCAUCAGUUUCUUUUUUGUUUGAUUAUGCUAUUGAUCCUCUAAGAGUUACUAUUCUCACGCCAAUUUGUUUCUCUUUUAUAUCUUUUACACCUUCAUCUCCACCCCUUAUUUUUUUCUUUUUUUUUUAAGCUAGUGCUGCAGUAAUCUAUCAGCAUGAGUCACCAAUCGAUGUCAAUCAACCAAAUGCUUCAACAAAAUGAUAACACGACAGACGAUACCACCAGACAAAUCACCGGGAAAGUCAAAAUCUUUUAUACAUUUAAAGGAUCCGAUACGCACUGUCUAUGUUCAUUUGACAUUAAACUGCAAGACUUUAAAGAUAGAAAAUGGGUCAGUGUACCCCUUAAACAAUGUUUAUUAUCCGUGUGUUCUUCUUGUCCGGAUCAAUUAAUGAAUAACAAUACUGCCAUUUACAGUGCCAAUUUCGAAGAAAGUAAAACCGUCGAGAAUUGGUCUCCUCUUCAUGAUUCCAAAUCAAAUAUCAUUUGGGAGGGUCAUGGACUCUUAUCCAACAUUUUAAAUGCUACUGCUACUUCUUCCCAAGUGACAGGGAAAAUAGCAAACGACACACAACAAUCUACUAGUCCAUACGACUGUAUCAUAGAAGUGCUUAUACAACUACAUCCCAUACGUCAUUCUCCAGCACAGGAACAACAACCUUAUCUGCCACCAAUGCGAUCUAUCUGGAAUCAACCUUAUUCACCCCCAUCCACCAACACAAACAACAACAAUAAUAGUACUAGUAGUAGUAAUAAUAAUAAUAAUAUUAAUAAUAAUGCGAGCGAUAAAAUAAACAUAGAACGACCCUCUCCUCAAAAAGUAUCAACAACACUAAGCUCAGGUCGACAAAUGUCACCACUUCAUCUACUACAAUUCCCUUCUCAACAACAACAGCAAGAAAAUACAACACCACGAUUACCGAGCUUUCAUAGGGGAGGUCCUUCUGAAAUGGCAAUGAAGGAUGAGUCUCCCAACAUGUAUCCGCCUGCACUCGAUCCUACCUGGCCAGGCAGUCGUUAUGAUGCCACCAGUUUCGAACAGCAUGAUAUGAUGAUCAAACGAAGAAAACUCUCCAGUCAAUCCCCCUCACUAUUGGUAGUCGAUCCACAACAUGAAGUAAAGAAGGCUGUCAUGGCAACCAAUAAUAGUCAUCAUCAUUUACUAUCCAAUCAACAACACCCCUCACCUACCACAACUGAUACAUAUUAUCAUCAAUCGCGACGAAAGAAGCGUGAUACAAAACCUCCUAAUGCUAAUGAUAUCCGUCCUUUUGUCGAGGUGGAGAAAAAAGACGGUGAUUAUGUCUUGCCUGCUGAGGUCGAUUCUUGGACCGUCUUGAGUCUGGGUGUCGUUAUUUGGGAUAGAGCUGCCUUUCAUAAUCAGCGAUACAUUUACCCCGUGGGUUACCGCGUGAAAAAGUGGUAUCGAAGUAUGGUAGAUCCACACAGUGAUACUCAGUAUACUUGUGAAAUCCUUGACGGAGGUGACGAACCCAUUUUUCAAUUGAAUGCAGAUGAUAACCCUUCCGAAUGUUGGCGGGGACCUACACCCACCACUGUGUGGACCAUCGCAGUGAGGAGAGCAUUUGCAAUCCGUAAUAUGGACUAUGGUCAUAACCCUGUUGGACCUGACUUUUUUGGGCUUCGAAAGAAUACGAUUGCAAAAAUGAUUCAGGAUUUACCCAAUGCCAAUAAAUGCAAGAAUUACAUUUGGCAAAACUUUGAAGCCAUGAGUAACAAUAAGGGCAAGUCAGUACGACGCUCUACCACUCGACUUAGUUCUUCUUCUUCUACGGGUUCUGUUCAUCCUGACCGAUCCUCUUCUUCACCAGCAAUGAAGGCUGAAGGUUUAUAAACUUUUUCCUUUUUUUUAUAUACAUACACUCUCUUUCACACACACACACACUCACACACUCACUCACACACACACACACACCUCUUGUAUACUUAUGCCUACUUUUCUUUAUAUAUAUGCCAUAUCAUAAAAUAAAAUAAUGUCAAAAACAUCCAAAUGUUUUACAAGAUCGAUUUUUUUUUCUUUUUUUGCAUAAAUAUAUACGUGAGAAAUGAAGACAUUAGUCAUUGCUCAUCUAUGUGGGAGAAAUCCCUUAAAUUCGUUACACUGAUAACACACACACACACACACACACACACACA